GUUAUAACAACAAAAAUUAUACUAAAUAAUUAUUAAUUUCAUCUAGUUGAAGUUUAAUAAUGCCAAUUGAUUUGUAUUACAACAAGUUUAGCGCCCCCUCGAGGGCCGCGUGGAUGACAGCCCGACAGUUAGGUUUGGAUUUCAACUUAACAUCAGUUGACUUGAGUACUGGCGAACAGUUUAAGCCCGAGUACAUUGCUUUAAACCCAUUGCAUACUGUGCCCACUUUGGUGGACGACGGGUUCGCUCUAUGGGAAAGUCGGGCUGUAAUGCAGUUUAUGUGCAACCGAUACGCGCCGGACAGCACUCUCUACCCAAAAGAUGCGAAAAAGCGCGCUCUAGUGGACCGGUCCCUAUACUUUGACCUAACAUUCACGCCUCAACUCGCUGAAGUUAUGAUGGCCAGGGUACUCAUGGGUACUGAACCGGCUGCCGACAAAUUGGCUAAACUAGAUGAGAGUUUGAAAGCGAUAAACACCCUGAUCGGUGCCAAUCGGUACCUGACCGGUGACCAGUUGACCAUUGCCGAUUUAUCUCUACUGUCCCUGACCAGUUAUAUUGAUAAGGGUAGCAUUGACAUUAGCCCCUAUCCAAAUUAUCAACGCUGGGUGCAGACCCUGCAACAGGAGUUACCCUAUUAUGACGAGAUUAAUAAUAUACCCAAGGCCGAUUGGGAUGAAUCGCUGGAUAAGUACCGUGCUCUAUUGGCUGCUAAAGCUAAAUAA